UUCCACCAAGUUUUUCAAUCAAAAUCACGUAAAAUUUAAGACAUUUUGAGUUGAAAACCACAGAAAAAACGCGCUGCAGCGCUAAAAGCUGCGCUAACGAACCACUAGACAUCACAAAACGCAGCGUCUCCUGUUUCAUAUGAAAAGUGUGGCGCAAAGUGUCGCUGUAUCAAUACGGCAAGCCGUAUCGCUGUGUGGACACAUGGAAACCCACUGUGUUACCCAGGCCUAUUUCCCAGUCUCACUAACUCCAAACAAACUUUUACUGCGCCCUCCUCACUGCCUGUCUUGACGAUGCGCUGUUGCCUCCUCUAACCGCUUUCUCUGAUCUAAGAGAGGAAUUUACUAAACUGUGCCCGCAGGUUGAAAAUCUUGAGGAUCUCCUCAAGGAGAAAGACAACCAGGUGGACAUGGCAAGAGCGCGGCUCUCCGCCAUGCAGGCGCACCACUGUUCCUCAGAGGGCGCGCUCAGCACUCUGGAGGAAGCCAUCGGCGAUAAGGAGAAGCAGAUGAAUCAGCUGCGGGAGCAAAGGGAUCGCGCCGAGCAAGAGAAGCAGGAAGAGCGAGAGCUGCACGAGCGGGAGAUUGCCGACUACAAGAUGAAGAUUCAUGCGCUGAACAGCGAAGUAGAGAAACUCACUGCCAGAUUAGAUAGAGCGCAAAACGAUAGAGAACGCAUCGAAGCUAAGUUAGAGAGCUCACAGUCUGAACUCGGCAAAUCGAAGGCCGAACUGGACAAGGCGAUGGAGUUCGGACGUCGCGGCGAUGACUACGACACAGCGCGUCAGCGCAUUGCGCGCUUAGAGCUGGAAAAUGAGCGCCUGCGGCAGGACUUGGAGCUGGCGCAGGCUAAAACAACGCGAUUCGGCAGCAACAUCUACAGCAGCACACACGAACUCGACCGAAUACACGAACGAGCCGACAAAACCUCAUCGGACCUGCGCCGAUGUCAGGCCGAGCUCCGUGUAACGCAGGCGGACAGCGAACGAGCUCGAUCCGAAGCGCAGGCGCUACAGGAGAAACUUGAAAAGUCGCAGGUUAGUCAUCCGACA